AUGGCCAACGCUCUGAGGUCAUCGGUCCGACGCUUUGCGACCACAGCGGUUCGUGCAGCGACUGCCGACUCGGUCAAUGCAUAUGGGAUCCGCGUCUCCAAAGCUCAAGGAGUCGUCGACACGCUUACAGGAGCCAUUGGCAAUACCCCUCUGAUAAGACUACACAAGCUCUCCGCCGAAACCGGCUGCAAUGUCCUGGGGAAGGCCGAGUUCCAAAACCCUGGUGGUAGCGUCAAGGACCGUGCGGCUCUGUAUGUGGUGAAGGAUGCAGAAGAGAAGGGCCUGCUGAAGCCUGGAGGCACCGUUGUCGAAGGGACCGCUGGGAAUACUGGCAUUGGACUGGCACACGUCUGCCGCGCGAAGGGAUACAAACUGGUCAUAUACAUGCCAAAUACGCAGUCACAGGGUAAGAUCGAUCUCCUUAGACUGCUAGGCGCCGAAGUAUAUCCUGUUCCGGCUGUUGCGUGGGAGAACCCAGAAAACUAUAACUGGCAAGCCAAAAGACAUGCGGAGAGGCUGCAAAAGGAAGAUCCCGAACACGGUGCUGUAUGGACAAAUCAGUUCGACAACACAGCCAACCGCCUAGCACACAUUGUAACCACCGGCCCAGAGAUCUGGUCCCAGACCGAAGGCAAAAUCGACGCGUUUACCUGUUCGACUGGGACUGGUGGGACACUUGCCGGCGUUACUCGAUAUCUCAAGGACGUCAGUAAUCAUUCCGUCAAGUGCUUCCUGGCAGAUCCUCCUGGCUCCGUCCUCUACUCCUACAUUACCUCCGGCGGCCAGCUGAAGGAGAGAACGGGCAGCAGCAUCACCGAGGGCAUUGGCCAAGGUCGUGUCACUGACAAUCUGAAACAAGAAGUCAAUGAGCUUGACGGCGCACUACAUAUCUCCGACGAGAAGACUAUUGCCAUGGUAUAUCGCUGCUUGGAUGAAGAAGGAUUAUACCUCGGAGCCAGCAGCGCACUAAAUGUGGUCGCCGCGAAAGAGGUCGCGGAGAAGUUGGGACCCAACCAUACAGUUGUUACCGUCUUAUGCGACGGAGCAUACCGAUACGCGGAUCGGCUCUUUAGCGACAAGUGGCUCAAGAGCAAGAACUUGAGAGAAGCGAUACCCCAACAUUUACAGAAAUACAUUGUGUUGCCAUAG